CUAAAGCCAACAAAAUUUAAAAAUUGCUCUUCCUGCUGUCUAUCGAUUAGUUGAAACCAUUCCCAAAUUCAAAUUUGGAUAUAGAGCUGCCUCGAUUUUCUCAAAUUUCCUCAAAUCACAACUAGGGUUUCUAUUCUCUUCAGUUCAAGCAAAACCUAUAUGGGUAUUAGUAAAGUUACCGAUGAAUUGGUUUUGAUGGUUCGAUCCAUCGUAGGCGCUGAAUACUCAAAUAUGGAUAUAGUUCGAGCCCUGCACAUGGCCAAGAAUGAUCCCACGGCUGCAAUUAACAUCAUUUUUGACACUCCCGGUUUUAGAAAACCUGAAAUUCCCAAAAAACCCGAGCCUUUGAAUCGAAAUUUGAGCCCCGAGCCGGCAACUGCGGCAAAUCCCAGUGUGAAUGGUACUGACGAUCAUGAUAGCAAGGCCAAGAAUCAGAAUUUGUGUCGGGUUUCGGCUUCAAAUGGGGCUGUAAAGGCUAGGAUAGAGGAUAGUGAGAGAGAGAGGAAAGUUGAGGAUGCGAGGUGUUCGAGCUCCAAUGGGUGUUCGAGUUCGAGUUCAAUGGGGAGUGAAUGGUGGCUCGUGGGGUGUGGUGAGGUUGCAGGGAUUUCCACGUGUAAAGGAAGGACUCUGAAGCCUGGGGAGGAGGCUUUUUUCACAUUUCCGGUGGAGAGAAAGUUGAGUUCACCUUCUCCUGGAAAGUCUGGGGGUGGUCGGGGGCGGCAGGUGUCUUCUUCUUCUGAAAUUGUCAGAUUUUCCACGAAUGCUUGUGGAGAGAUUGGCCGCAUCCCAUAUGAAUGGGCUCGAUGCUUAUUACCACUUGUGAGGGACAAGAAAGUUAGAAUUGAUGGGCAUUGUAAAUCCGCUCCACCUGUAUUAGGAAUUAUGGACAGCAUUAUUCUGUCCGUCAGCGUGUAUAUAAACGGUUCCAUGUUCCAAAAGAGCCAUCAGGCUUCACUGAAAGCAGCCUCAAAUGAUGAAUCAGUUAUUCAUCCUCUGCCAACGCUUUUCCAAUUGCUGGGGCUCUCUCCUUUUCAGAAGGCAGAAUUCACUCCAGGCGAUUUGUAUACGAAGAAGCGUCCGUUGAACUUAGAGGACAGCUUUAAUGUCUCUGCACCAUUGUUUCCUAUUCCUAAAUUCAAGAGCCAAUCAACUCUAGAUGGAAGUAAGAUGGAAAAUGAGGAGUCAAUAUCUGACAAUGAUCUUGACAAAAUUGUUGGUGUUGCAGACAACUCUGAAUUACUGGAAAUGGAACCUCCAAGUACUCUUCAGUGUGAACUUCAUCCAUAUCAGAAGCAGGCUCUUCAUUGGAUGAUUCAACUUGAGAGGGGCCAUUGCCUGGAUGAAGCAGCAUCAACGUUGCACCCAUGUUGGGAUGCGUACCGGCUUGCAGACAAAAGGGGGCUUGUUAUAUACUUGAAUGCAUUUUCUGGCGAUGCAACAACAGAAUUUCCAAGCACUCUUCGGAUGGCCAGAGGAGGAAUUCUGGCAGAUUCUAUGGGGCUUGGGAAAACUAUCAUGACCAUAGCUCUUCUUCUAACACAUUCUGAAAGAGGUGGUUCAUUAGGAAACCAAUUGACAGCCCAGACUUUGACUGGAAAUGGUGAAGCUAGCCUUAUUUCAGAUCAAUCUCCAACGGCAAAAAAAGCGGCAAAAAUUUCUGGCUUCGAAAAGCUUUUGAAGCCAAAAAACUUUCUCACAUGUGGUGGAAACCUUAUUAUCUGUCCAAUGACCCUUAUAGGUCAGUGGAAGGCAGAAAUUGAAACCCAUGCACAACCUGGGACUUUGUCGAUUUACAUUCACUAUGGGCAGAACAGAUCAAGGGAUGCACUCGUUCUAGGCCAAAGUGAUGUUGUGCUCACAACUUAUGGAGUUUUAGCCUCAGAGUUCUCAGCAGAGAAUGCUGAUGUCACUGGGGGACUCUUCUCAGUGAGAUGGUUUAGAGUGGUGCUAGACGAAGCACACACAAUAAAGUCUUCAAAAAGCCAAAUUUCCAUGGCUGCAGCUGCGCUUGUUGCUGAUCGUCGAUGGUGCCUUACGGGCACCCCUAUCCAGAACAACCUAGAAGAUCUUUACAGUCUUCUUCGAUUUUUGAAGGUGGAACCAUGGGGAAGCUGGGCAUGGUGGAACAAACUUGUUCAGAAACCUUUUGAGGAGGGUGAUGCGCGUAGUUUGAAGUUGGUCCAAUCAAUAUUAAAGCCAAUUAUGCUAAGAAGAACUAAAUCUAGUACUGACAAGGAAGGCAGGCCAAUUUUAGUUCUUCCACCUGCUGAUAUUCAAGUGAUAUAUUGUGAACUUACAGAAGCAGAGAGGGAUUUUUAUGAUGCUUUGUUUAAAAGAUCAAAGGUGAAAUUUGAUAAAUUUGUCGAGCAAGGACGUGUUCUUCACAAUUAUGCUUCAAUAUUGGAGUUGCUCUUGCGUCUUCGUCAAUGUUGUGACCACCCAUUUUUAGUGAUGAGUCGGGGCGACACGCAAGAGUUCUCUGAUCUGAAUAAGCUCACAAGACGCUUUCUUAAGGUUGGUCAGGACAUUGUGGAUGGGCAAGCUAGAGAUGUACCAUCACUGGCUUAUGUUGAGGAGGUUGUUGAAGAGUUACGAAAAGGGGAAGUAGGAGAGUGCCCGAUAUGCCUUGAAGCUUUUGAAGAUGCUGUAUUGACACCAUGUGCUCAUAGACUAUGCAGAGAAUGCCUCUUAGCAAGUUGGCGAAGCUCUACUUCUGGUUUUUGUCCUGUUUGUAGAAAGAUGAUUACCAAGCAAGAACUUCUCACAGCUCCUACUCAGAGUCGCUUCCGGAUUGAUAUUGAGAGAAAUUGGGUCGAAUCAUCUAAGGUUUCUGCUCUUUUGCAUGAACUUGAAAUUCUUCGCUUAGCAGGGUCCAAGAGCAUUGUUUUCAGCCAGUGGACUGCCUUUCUUGAUCUAUUGCAGAUUGCUCUUUCUCGGAGUGAUAUUCAAUUUCUUCGUCUGGAUGGGACCCUUAACCAGCAACAACGUGAGAAUGUAAUAAAGCAAUUCUCAGAGGAAGAUAACAUCAUGGUUUUGCUAAUGUCAUUGAAGGCUGGGGGAGUUGGGAUCAACUUAACAGCUGCAUCCAACGCUUUUGUCUUGGAUCCCUGGUGGAACCCAGCCGUAGAGGAACAAGCUGUAAUGCGCAUUCAUCGCAUUGGACAAACUGAAAAAGUAAUGAUCAAAAGGUUCAUCAUGAAGGGAACCGUAGAAGAAAAAAUGGAAGCAGUGCAAGCACGCAAACAACGGAUGAUUUCUGGUGCUUUGACUGACCAAGAAGUUAGAUCAGCGCGCAUCGAGGAGCUUAAGAUGCUUUUCGCUUAAAGCAGACUAGCCUGCUGCUACGUUGUGUCAACAAGUCUUUGCCUCCGACAGAGUCAAACUCAAAUUCCUGGUUCUCUCGGAGUUGCAGUACCUCAAGAAGUGCAUUGGAUUUCAUUUAUCUCCUCGCCACUUUCGCUCUUGACCUAUAAGACUGAAUUGAAGCCCAAGUUAUAGCUGUUGAGAAAGAGAUAAAUGGAACGGAUGCUGCUAUGAAUGUCAAUCACAUAGCUCCAUCAUUUCUCUGCAGUUCUUAGAGCUAUGAUCUGAAAUUACUCAAGGUUGAGUUGGUGACUUGUUUGUAUUCGUUUCAUAGGUAAUUAUGCGGGAUUUAGGAAUUUUCUACUAAGGGCCCAUAUUGGAGACACUGGUCAGUGGUCAGUGGUCAGGACUCAGAAGCUGAUGAUUGUUGUAGCUGCAUCGGUGGUAUCUUGUUAUUGGCAAAAUUCAAAAUUUGGCCAAACUUGUAAAAUGAUUAUAACUCUUAGUAAAACCAACUUCAUCUUUAUGGAAAUUACGUCCGAUUUACCAUCUCCACCUGAUUUUUGUAGAAAAAUGUUGAUUUGUAACCUUACAUGGAAGGCUAUAUCGAAAUCUUGAAGAA